ACUGUGAAGGUCCCGGAUGUGGUGUGCGCCGGAAGAGAAGGUGACGUCACCCGCCUCCAUCUUGUGUUUGCUCUUCGGCGAGCUUCUUCGUUGCGCUCCCAAGCCGUGUCGUAUCGGAGGAGAAUCUCGCCGCCGGGGCGCCAUCAUGCCCGGAUACCUGCAGGACGGAUUCGGCUGCGUCGUCACCAAUCGCUUCGACCAGCUGCUGGAUGAUGAAUCGGACCCGUUCGACAUAUUAAAGGCUGCAGAGAACCGGAGGAAAGACGCGGCCGCGGCAGCCACCAAACCUGCUGCUCAGGCCGCCAAACAGCCCAAGAAAGAGUCCCAGAAGGAGCGGAAGAACCCGCCGCCAGAGAGGAAGGAGGACCCGCAGCCUGCAGCACCGCUGAAGAAGGACGGUGUAAGGAGGAUGGGAAGGAAACAACAGGAGCAGCAGGGGCAGAACCCUCCCCACCAGCAGGGGGCACAGGGAGACCGGAGACCAGAGAGACGAGUCCACCGAGAGCGUCGUUUCGAAAAGCCACCUGAGGAAAAACAUGAAGGAGGAGAAGCCACAGUGGACAAGCCAAUGGGAGACAGACCACCGAGGGGUCGUGGUGGAGGUCGUGGUGGACGUGGAGGUCGUGGACGGGGAAUUGGACGAACUGACGGAUUUGACUCUCGAGGAAAACGUGACUUUGACCGACACAGCGGAAACGACAGAUCCAGCCAGAAAGCCGACGAGAAGCGAGGUGGAGCCGGAUCACACAACUGGGGCAACACCAAGGAAGAAGCCAGUGAACUGCUUCAAUCGGCUGCACCUGAAGCACCUGUGGAAGGGGAGGAGCCUGCUGCGCCUGUUGACUCAGAAAACAAGCAAAAUGAGGUUGAAGAAGUGAAGGAUGAAGGCCCGAAGGAGAUGACCCUGGACGAGUGGAAGGCCAUGCAAAACAAAGAACGGGCGAAGGUGGAGUUCAACAUUCGCAAACCAAACGAAGGUGACGAGGGCCAGUGGAAGAAAGGAUACGUGCUGCAUAAGUCGAAGAGCAAAGACUUGCCCAGGCCUCCCGGAACUCUGAUUGAAACUGGAGAUGCGAACGCUGAGUCACUCAACAAGGGAGCCUCUGAAGACGGCUCGGCCGACCACCACUUCCGCAAACCAGCCAAUGACAUCACGUCCCAGCUGGAGAUCAACUUUGGAGACUUGGGACGCCCUGGGCGUGGUCGGGGGAACUCCCGGGGUGGCAGAGGGGGACGGGGAGGUGGAAACCGUGCAGGGCGUGGUGGAGGCAGGUCUGAGAAGGGAGGUGGAGUGUCUGUUCCUAAUGUGGACGACCCCGAGGCGUUUCCUGCCUUGGCUUAAACCCUGACAUUUGACCUUUGAGCCCCUCCUCUACGAGGCCUGCAUGCUUACGGAUCCUUCGACUAUAGAUACCAUGAAAAGAAAAAAAAAAACAAAAACGUAAAAGACAGACUGUCAUGUACACCAUAGUGAGGACUGAAACCCCGCCCCAUGUUAAGGGACUUCUCUCGUUACACUGAAGCUAAUUCUCGAUAGAGCUUUUGUAUUUAGACACAUGAUAGAUAGCAGGGAUGUUCCUACAGUAUUUUAUUUUAUUUCCAAUUUGAUUGCUGUUUGAAUGUAAGGCUUUUUCCAGCAUAGCGUUUGAAGUGAAUUUAAGCUUUCGUUUGUUCUCCUUCUAUUUUUGGCGUAUUUUAAUAUUUUUGAGCAAACGGAGAAUGUGGGUCUAGUGCUAAUUUUACUGUUAUUGACGUACAGAAGUAAUGUAUCACUUUAAAUAUUUUAAAGCUCUGAGGUCAGGUUUGUUUUCCUGUUAUUUGACUUUCUUUUUCAUGGAGCUGUUUGCUUGGCCUGUAGCAAAACCGUAAAUAUGUGAAUGCCUCGUUAUUAUAUAUUUCUCUUUUUUUCCCUUUUGUCCCUUUUCAUUUCUCUCAUUGUCUGAGUUCUGAAUGUUCGUCUUUCUUUUUUUUUUUUUUUUAGGCUGGUCCUCAUGUAUGUCACCUUUUACAAAAAUGUUGGGAACACUCUGAAAAGUGUGUGUGUGUGUGUCCUGAUGUUGCUAAGUGACCCUCUGUCAAUGAGGACGUGGCUUAAGUCAAUUCUUUCAGCUAAUUGCAAUCUUGAUCCUAUUUUACUUUUAAUUAAACACAGCAUUUUGUUAAUUAAGCUACAUACUUAUGCUAAUGCUGGUACCGUGCUAUAUUUAAUUAUCUUGGCUAAGUGUGUGUAAAUCUGAACUAGUUUGUGAUUAUCACUACAACAAAGUUAUGAGGAGGUGCUGAUUGGUUAAUUUAAUUUAAGCCGACCCUUUGCAGAAUCAGGACGAGUGUGUGUGUGUGUGUGGUUUGUGUACCAAGGCAUGUGCUAUGAUAAUUGUGUAUAUUAUUGUGACCCUGAGUUCUCAUUGGGCAGUAAUGGACACGCUUUUUUCCAGUUUGUCUGAAAAUAAGGACCAUUAGAAGAUAGCUGUCCUUUCAUUUUUUUUUGUGAUUUGUAUAAGUGAAUAUCACAUGCACAUGCCUGUACACAAGUCACCUAAAGUUCUCAAAGUUUUUAUUGUUGUUAUUAUUAUUAAUUCCUCAGCAAGCUUCAUGUGGAGAUGACGUCUGCAAGUGUUGGGCAAAGACAAUGCCACUUCCACACGCACACAAAGCUUUCGUAAUCUCUGAUGUUUCGUAUUGGCCAUUUUUGUGCUUUCACAAUGUACUGAUUGAUUCCAUGGCUACAGGAAGAAUAUUGCCGCUCCACUUCAGUAUCAAUCUUGAGCACACCUUGUUUAGCAGCCAAUCACAUCACAGAUUCAGGCGAGUAGCGUGUCAAGUGAAGCUUCAAAACGAAGUCUGUUUGAUUCACAUUUAGCAAAUUUUUUAUCUGCAAACCAACCAGUUGUCAUCUUUGAAGUAGGCUGAGGUUUUUAUUAUCUAGCGCUGAUUGUUGACAUAUCUUUGCACUUAGAUAAUUUUUUUAGCUAACAAGCACAUGAUCUGUUCCAGUUUUAUUAUUUUUAAUAUUUACAGCAGCACUACUCGAACAUGCUCGAUUCAGGGUGUAUGUGCGUGUCUGUGUGUUUGUGGGUUAUCCUGAACCUGGGAUUGACAGUAACUGGAGGACACUAGGACAUGUCGGACUCCUCGGACAGUGGGACACUCUGUGACUGGACUCUUUGUAGGACUUUUGGUUUUCCGGAUGUUUCUGCAUUCACUUGUCCCUGUUCAAUAAACUUCCCACAGGUGUUAAUGUCA